AUGCUCAUGUAUGUAGCUCUACAGCGCCCCCUGUGGCUCAGUAUUACAGACCAGGACGAGGACCAGGACCAGCACCAAGACAAAGACCAGGACCAGGACCAAGACCGUGCGUCUCUCCUCUCACUCGUCUCCUUCUGUCCGUCUCAAACACCGGUGGAUUUUACUCUGGACUUCCUCCGAGUCACAAACAGCUGCCUCAGGAGGACCAUGCUGCCUCACAUGUUGCAUGUUCUGCCUGUGCACAUCCAGAGUCUGUCGGAGCUGGAGAGGGCGCGGCUCCAGCAGGUGGCGCUGUGGCACCUGGAGCAGAGGGAGCUGCCCUUCAGCAUCAGUAUUCCCAAAGGGACGAGGAAAAGGAGGAAGUCGAUUCGCAGAAAGUUUGAUUCGUUUUCAAAGGAGAAGAAAGAUCGCGACAUGGCUCCGAGGGUCUUCAGUCUGCCCCUCGCCGCCGUCAUCCUGCACGACCGCGCACACAGACGCAGACUAGACGAGCUGAAGGAGUCUCGCAGGGACUGUCUGGAGCUGGAGGCCUCGGUCCUGAGCUUCAGGGCCCAGAAGAGGCUGCACCUGGGGCCCGCCUCCCCCAACGCUGUGGCCCCAGCCCCGGUCUGGGACUUCGGGAGCAGAGCCCAAUGUGACCACCGGGGGCAGCGCAGGGGCGGCCUCUCGGUGGACUCCAUCUCAGACCUGGUGGAGAGCCAGUCCCGCCUGUUGGAGGCGCUGCAGCUCUCUCAUCCUGCAGAGUUAGAGCUGAAGAAGUCCAGCAGGGAGCGCACUCCUACCAACAAACUCAGCCUCAACCCCAUUUGCCGACAAGUGCCCCGCCUGGUGGAGAGCUGCUGCCACUGCAUGGAGACGCACGGUUUACAGACGGUCGGGAUCUUCCGCGUGGGCAGCUCCAAGAAGCGCGUCCGCCAGCUGCGUGAGGACUUUGACCUGGGUCUGGACGUCCAGCUGGAUCAAGAGCAGAGUGUUCACGAUGUCGCCGCGCUUCUAAAAGAGUUUUUGCGGGACAUGCCUGACACACUGUUACCACGGGAACUGUAUCACGCCUUCCUGCACGCCAAUUUGUUGCACGGCUCAGAGCAGCAGGAUUACCUCCAGUUGCUGCUCUACCUCCUCCCUCCCUGUAACUGCGACACUCUGCUGCGUCUGCUGCUGAUGCUGCACACCGUCCAGAGCCACGCCCACGACACAGAGGGGCCCAACGGGGAGCAGGUGAGUGGGAACAAGAUGACGGCUCCAAACUUAGCCGUGAUCUUCGGCCCAAACCUGCUGCAGAAGGAGAAGAGCUCAGAGUGUCCCCUCAGUCUGAACAUCGAGGACAGUGGAGCCAUUAUCAACGUCACACUGCUGCUGAUCCAGCACCACAGGAAGCUCUUCAUGGUUUCCUCUGAGCUCCAGCAGGAGGUGCUGAUGAGUCUGCUCCAAACCGACCCUGACAUUGUCGACUACCUGCUGAAGAGGAAACGCAGUGCUCCGGUCUCUGCCUCCAGCUCCCGGCGGGACACUGGGGCCUCUCUGGACUCGGUGGGUGGAGCUUCGUUGGACUCAGUGGGCGGAGCUUCCCUGGAUUCAGUGGGUGGAGCUUCCCUGGACUCGGUGGGCGGGGCUUCCCUGGACUCGGUGGCUUUGGCUGCGCCCUCUCCUCUGACCGCAGACGAGUUAUUGGACGUUCUGAAGCAGAGAAGUCGACACCAGCGAAGGACAGGUGACGUCUCUGCUCGCCGCUCCAUCUUCCACCUGCGACAGUUUCACUCCCAUCACAACCUGCUGAGCCUGGUGCCCUCCUCCCCCACCUCCCCCUCCUCCCCCUGUGCUGUGGGGGAGCAGGGGGAGCAGGGCGUGUGGGUCAAACAGAGCCCUCAGGACCCCCUCUCACACUCAGACUUCUGGGGCUUCUUCAGCGGGAAAGUCUCCGGCUCCGAGACCGUGGUGUGA